AGAUUUACUUAUAAAUAAAUGCGUUUUACGGUGAAAAGGAGUCGAUAGCAUCAAUUCGGCAUACAAAUUAUUCGUACCAGAAUUGGUCUAGUCUAUGUAGAGGUUCUCAAAAAAAGUAAAACCUUAUGUGGCAAGAAAGUGUAAUUUUUGGAUUUGUGUGACAAACAUCGGUGAAAAAUAAUAAAAUCUUUAAUAAGUAAAUCUAAUAUGCUAAAUAUAGAUCACGUCAGUUAACGUUCCAAAAUCGACGCUUUCAUAGAAAUUUCAUGAAAAUGAAGUAUAAUUUUUAGCGUAUUAUAUAUGCUAAAUAGGUAUGUAUCGUUUCAGCUUUUCCAUAUAUUCAAAGUGACGGUCUCUACAAAGCGAUAGACCUUCUUAGCAAACCCGUCGAUAUCGGUGUCAUAUAGAAGCGUUUGAAAAGUCGAAUGCAACAAGCUUUGUGGAUUAGUUUCAAAUUAAAUAAGGUGGAUCUGAUGAAGGUUACCUUAACAGUUCCGUCUGGAUGUAAAUUAAAGAUCUUAGGAAGGAGAAUGCAACAAGCAAAUUGAGUUGGUUACGACCUAAACAUGCCGCUAUCCUCGACGUGAUGAUUUUCACCACAAUCACGUUGACAAAAGUAAUUAACACAAAAUUUAUUUUCCACUUUUAAGCUCAUUCAAAGAAAAGAUUAUUGAACAAAUAUUCACAAAAUGUAUGAUUUUAUUGAUCUAUUUAAAAAAAUUUUAAAUGUAAACUAAUGUAAACGAUGAAAGGUAAAAUUGAUUAUCUCAUCAUCAGAUUUUCCCUUCAUACAAAUAUGCAUACCAAACCAAACACGCGCAUAGGUUAUUAGGUUAUAGGAAUGUGUACUUUGUCAAUAUAAUGUGAUAUCGCGGCGGUAAAUACUUAACAGAAUUAUUGCGCAUGCAAAUAAUGAGAAUCAUAGAGCACGCACUUAAACGAUUGCUAAUGCGAUACAGCUACUUUUGCCUUGCCAGCGAUAGCAUAAGUUUUUAAGAUGCACAUUGCUUUCAGUUAGUUAGCAAUGUUUGAUCGAGAUUAGUUUCACUCAAAAAUGGAAAGUCUAUCUUUCUCGCGAAAUGAACAUUUUAUUUUCGUUUGCAGUUGUAAUGAUCAUUUAACCGUCUACAGUUUCUUAUCGCUUCCAAAACUUUACACGCCGUCGGAUGGACGUCCCCAUUUAAUAUUCUUUGCAAACCUUCGCUUAUUUUAAUGCCUCGACAUCAUAUGGUAUUUCGAUAUUAACACAAAAAAUAUGCUGACAAUACCUCAAUCGACUAGCACAACCUAAGCUUCAAAACGUACUUCCCUGCUUUCAGCUGAAUUUUUUGGGAUCGUGAAGCACAAAGAAACAAAGCUUGAAAUUUAAUGUGAAGAGCACAAUUAAAUCGUUCAAUAUAUUUCUGAAGUACGUUGCGUUUUCACGGCCCACCAAAAAGUAGUAAUAAUUUUAAGAAUAUUUUAAAAAUAGUAGGAAAAAUGGUGAUAACAAAGUGAAACUAAUAAUUGCAUUAUGCAGUCAAAAGGGAAUAUGUCACCGUUUAAGAUGUUCGUGACCCUUAUAGUGGGUUUUCUGCUCGGUUUUGCGUUUGCUCAACUUCUCUUUACAACAAACUGUAAAAUAACGCCGGUAAUCACCAUCUCUACAUCUAUGAAAACAAAAUUAUCAAAUUGUGAAAACCCUCCAAAAGUUAAUUAUCAACUCUACGGAGAUAAUGAAGAUGUCAUAAAUAGUACAAAUUUGCAAGCUUGGCAAUUAACGGAAAACGGCGAGUUAAUUGAGUUUUCAAAUCAACGUCAACAACGUAAAGUAAAUCGAACUUUGGCGAAUCGCUUAUUCAGUGAAAUUAGAAUAGUAUGUUGGAUUUUGACGGGACCCAAAAACCAUGCUAAAAAGGCCAUACACGUGAAACGUACUUGGGGGUCGAGAUGCAAUAAAUUACUUUUUAUGAGUUCAGCAGAAGAUAAGGAGUUAGGAACAAUUAAAUUGGCAGUAGGCGAAGGACGUGGAAAUCUAUGGCACAAGACAAGAGAAGCAAUGAAAUACAUCUAUGAAAAUCACUAUGAUGAUGGUGAUUGGUUUCUGAAGGCCGACGAUGACACCUAUGUUAUAUUAGAAAAUCUGCGAGCAUUUCUCUACUCUUUUUCUACGGAUGCACCAGUUUAUUUCGGCUGUAAAUUCAAAAAAUAUGUGAGACAGGGCUACAUGUCUGGUGGGGCUGGUUACGUCUUAAGCAAGGAAGCUUUACGUAGGUUUGCAUUGGAAGCUUAUCCUAAUCGUACUAUAUGUCGCCAAAGUAAAGGCGGUGCGGAAGACGAACAAAUGGGUUAUUGUUUACAAAACGUUGGCGUUGUAGCUGGCGAUUCGCGGGAUGAUCAAAAGCGUGGCCGAUUUUUCCCGUUUAGGCUGCAUGACCUUAUCGUACCCAAGAAUAAAUCGAGCUGGUAUUGGCGCUACAUUUUUUAUGCGACUAAAGCUGGUUUAAGAUGCUGCUCCAAUAAUGCUAUCUCGUUUCAUUACAUCCAGCCAGACUAUAUGUAUGUGUUAGAGUAUUUAAUUUAUAAUCUCAACGCUUUUGGUAUAUCCAUUGAGCAUCACUUACCGCUCAAAAGGAACACUAGUAAGUUGCUGGAAAAAUGGCGAAAUGAGGUCUCAGACAAUUUGCUACAGUCUAAUAAUUUAUACUAAAAACAAAAUUUUUUAAAAUUGUGAUUUCAAAUAUCAUACGCACACCAUUAAACUUAUUGUCAAAUAAAACGCAGACUUCUCUUCUUUUUACAUAAUUAUACGUAGCGAAAGGAGAACGUUGCUGAUUUAAAA